AACAACUACACUACACUUGAACUUCUUGGCCGAAGUCACCGACCAAAUAUUCCAUAGAAAACGCGUAAGUCAACCUUGCAGACUCGACAGAAAAAUGUAAACUACUGGAAAAAAUAUGCUUAGUACAACCGAAUUCAAAAUACUGCUAUUACAAAUUAAACCAAAGACAUACAAGAUAUUUAAACAGCGGAGUACACUAUGGGAUGAGCAUAAUUUUGAAACACUGGGAGCGAAGAGGUGCAAACAGCGUAAUGGUAUUUUUAAGGAGCCUAGGUGUGACAACACUAAGUUUAUUAGCACUAGCAUUCGCGAUUUCCAGUUUAAGUCAGGAUGUGGAAGCAGGCACUAUGAAAAUUGCAUACAAGAAACCGAUCUUUGGCAAAGCAAAUCUGUUUAAGGAUAGACGCUACAAGUUAAAGCCGGACUUUAGCAGGAAAGUGCCCAUCUUUGCAGCCGCCGGGACAAGUACCAACACAAGCUCCGCUACCAGCACUACGACCACCACUAGCACCAUUCCCACAAUGGCACAGGCCCCAGCGCCCACAGAACCCACAAUGGAAGAAACAACAACGCCAAUACCAACAGAGAUUGAUUUGAUCGCACACGAGACAAUUAUAGACAGAAACAUUGACAGUGUUGGCACAGAGGCGUCCAUUAGAGUACCCGAUACAGAACCGGCUUUUAUGGAUAAACGACUGGAGGACGAAACUGAAGCACAUUUGCCUUAUAUGGUGAUAAACGGAAUGGGUUCAUCAGCAGCAGAUGUAGAUUUAUUGCCCCAUGUAGAGCCAGUCGUGAAUAACACAUUGGAAGCACAGCAGCAAUUAUGCAAGCAGCAAGGCCUAUGCGAUUUCGCCGAUGAUGCUGAAGCACAGAGCAGCACCCAUGUUGUCACUCAUGUAGAGGCAAAUGACGAAAUUGAAGAACUCUUCCCAAUGCCAACACCAGAGUUACUAAUUGCACCCCGUUUACAAGGCACUCGCAGCUCGCCAACGAAAUCCAGUAAGAGGACAACAUCAACAACAACCGAAAGUGGCCGCCCCGUGCCAUGUACUUGCGGCGUCUUCCUUACAUCACAAAUUAAGCGGAGCUCAAAAGAACAACCAGAGGGUGCACCAGUGAUAACCAACGAAUUAGACCGCACCUUUCCUUGUAAUGCCGUAGGUCAGAAACAAUGUCAAACCAAGUGCCUUGAAUCUAUAGUGCAGCAUUUGCCCAAUUCGGCUAAUAUAUUGUGCGCAACCCUAAAUCGUGACUGCCGAAAAGAGCGUGCCUACCUCUUCAUCAAGAACUGUCGAAAUCAGUGGUUCAAUACAAAUUUAGCGGCUGGAAAAGAGUACUGCUGCCGCAAUAACCAACCAUAUCCUUGUCCACUUGUUUGAAAUGUUGAAAUUAUGAAUAAAGAAAUAUGCUUAGA